CUUUGAGCAGCCACUUUGUGAACACUAGCCUAUUAACUCCGUCACUGCUUCGGCGAUAACACUUCUGUAUAUCUGUUAUUGUUUGUUAAUUUUUGGCGCAAGGAUAUAUUUAAUAUGUGCUAAGUUUGUGGCUAAUUUAUAUUAUGUUUCUACAUUAAAGUUAUAAGAUAAGGCACAAUGGCCGCCACUACACCAGGUUUUAAGAAGUUAGCAGACGAUUCUGAGGAUUCAGAUACAGAAUACACCCCGCUGUAUGAUGACGGUGAUGAAAUAGAUCAAAGAACUGCACAAGAAACAAAAGGAUGGAAUCUAUUUCGAGAGAUUCCGGUGAAAAAGGAGAGUGGAUCUAUGGCCACAAAAAAUUGGAUAGAAACAAGCGUAAAAAUCUUAAAAGUGCUUGCCUACAUAUUGGUUUUUUGUGCAGUACUGGGUUCCGCAGUCAUAGCUAAAGGAACUCUUCUAUUUAUUACGUCACAACUGAAGAAAGACAGACAAAUUACUCACUGCAAUAGACGACUUGCUUUAGACCAACAGUUCAUAACGGUACACAGUUUAGAAGAAAGAAUAACAUGGCUAUGGGCAGCACUUAUUGUAUUCGGUGUGCCGGAGUUAGGGGUGUUUUUGAGAUCCGUCAGGAUAUGCUUCUUCAAAACUGCCAAGAAACCAACCAAAACACAGUUUAUUAUUGCUUUCAUAACAGAGACACUACAAGCAAUAGGAAUAGCAGCACUUGUAUUAAUAAUUCUACCAGAAUUAGACGCUGUGAAAGGAGCCAUGUUGAUGAACGCCAUGUGCGCUAUCCCUGCAUUGCUAAACAUUUUCACGAGAGACCGAAUGGAUUCUAAGUUUUCUAUAAAAUUGAUAUUGGAUGUAUUGGCGAUAUCGGCACAAGCCACGGCGUUUGUUGUUUGGCCUCUUAUGGAAAGAACGCCAGUUCUAUGGACCAUACCAGUUGCAUGUGUGUUAGUGUCUCUAGGCUUCUGGGAGAAUUUUGUUGACACCUACAAUAAAAGUUAUGUUUUUACGGUGCUGCAGGAACUACGCGACAACCUCAAGAGGACUCGGUACUACACUCAGCGGGUGCUAUCUGUUUGGAAGAUUAUAGUGUUUAUGGCAUGCAUUUUAAUAUCGCUGCAUAUGCAAAAUGACAAUCCGUUUACCUUUUUCACUCACGCCAGCAAAGCCUUUGGAGAGAGACAGUAUGUCGUUAACGAGGUUCUAAUAGUAGUCCGAGAUGACGAAACCAUAGGCUAUGACGUCACCGGAGGUAUAUUCGAAUUGGACGCGAUAUGGACCUCAGCAUUGUGGGUCGCAUUAAUUCAAGUGGGAGCAGCCUACUUCUGUUUCGGAAGUGCCAAGUUUGCUUGCAAAAUUCUUAUACAAAAUUUUAGUUUCACUUUAGCAUUGACUCUCGUCGGGCCCGUGGCAAUCAACCUCCUUAUUGCUUUCUGCGGAAUGAGAAAUGCAGACCCUUGCGCUUUCCAUAAAACUAUACCUGACAAUUUGUUUUACGAGAUACCACCUGUGUACUUCUUGCGGGAGUACGUGGGCCACGAGAUGGCGUGGGUGUGGUUACUGUGGCUCAUAUCUCAAGCGUGGAUCGUGUUUCACACGUGGCAGCCGCGAUGCGAGCGCCUCUCCGCAACUGACAAACUGUUUGCCAAACCGUGGUACAUCGGACCGCUAAUCGACCAAUCGUUGCUGUUAAACAGGACUAAGGAUUUGGAUAAUGAUUGCCAGGUUGAGGAUUUGAAGGGUCUUGGCGACGAUUCGUCGGUUGGAAGCGAUCUUGCCAUCGUAAAAGAUAUCAAACCAUCCGAUUCGAUAACCAGAAUACAAGUGUGUGCGACAAUGUGGCACGAGACCAAUGAGGAGAUGAUCGAGUUCUUGAAGUCUAUCUUCCGCCUCGACGAGGACCAAGCGCGCCGCGUCGCGCAGAAGUACCUCGGCAUCGUCGACCCCGACUACUACGAACUCGAGUGUCAUAUUUUCAUGGAUGACGCUUUUGAAAUAUCCGAUCACAGUGCCGAAGACUCGCAGGUGAAUCGCUUCGUGAAGUGCCUAGUGGAUGCGGUGGACGAAGCGGCUUCCGAAGUGCAUCUAACUAACGUGAGGUUAAGGCCCCCCAAGAAAUACCCCACCCCGUACGGCGGAAAACUAAUUUGGACCAUGCCAGGGAAAAAUAAGUUGAUUUGUCAUUUAAAAGAUAAAUCCAAGAUUCGGCACAGAAAGAGAUGGUCGCAGGUUAUGUACAUGUACUAUUUCCUGGGGCAUCGCUUGAUGGAUCUGCCAAUAUCCGUGGAUCGUAAGGAAGUGAUUGCCGAGAACACGUACCUAUUAGCUUUGGAUGGAGACAUCGACUUCAAGCCGAGCGCUGUCACGUUGCUGGUCGAUCUUAUGAAGAAGGAUAAGAACUUGGGCGCCGCUUGCGGUCGCAUUCAUCCUGUCGGCUCUGGUUUCACGGCUUGGUACCAGAAGUUCGAAUAUGCUAUUGGUCAUUGGCUGCAAAAGGCGACUGAACACAUGAUCGGCUGCGUACUCUGUAGUCCGGGAUGCUUCUCCCUCUUCAGGGGAAAGGCGCUCAUGGACGAUAACGUCAUGAAGAAAUAUACACUCACUUCCAAUGAGGCUCGACAUUACGUGCAAUACGAUCAAGGCGAGGACCGCUGGCUGUGCACGCUGCUGCUGCAGCGCGGGUACCGCGUGGAGUACUCGGCGGCGUCGGACGCCUACACGCACUGCCAGCGGUUCGACGAGUUCUUCAACCAGCGCCGCCGCUGGGUGCCCUCCACCAUGGCCAACAUAUUCGAUCUGCUCGCGGACUCCAAACGCACCGUGCAAGUCAACGACAACAUUUCCACAUUGUAUAUCGUCUAUCAGUGCAUGCUUAUGAUG